CGGGGAAAAGUGUCACCAUUUCUGUGUUUUAUAGCAUAUGAUCAUUCCUGCGUGAAAAUGUCGCAUUAUUGUAAUGUGACGAAUACACAGUACGCGCUACACUUGAUCGUAAUAAUUUACUAGUAUGAUAAUUCCUCGUGGGCUGGGACACCAAGGCGUCUGGCAUAUGUCACCAAAAAUGCUGAAACGGUUUGGCUUGAAUUAUUUGCAUAUUUAUGAUGGGUAAAUUUACAAUUGCGGAUUUUACCGUCCGAUCGUGUGCUUUGUCAUUAUGUUUUUGUUUAAGAUAUGGCCGUACCCCCAAGGUCACCUCACGGGGAAGUAAUGUGACAGAUAAACUACAAAGAUGACAUAAAUUACAAUACAGGAUAUGCACGUGUAUACCGUUUGUGCACAACUGCUUUUAAAAUCGGUACAACUAACUCUCGAUAGCCGAGCUCGAGGAGUCGUGUUCACGUCUUUAAUAUGGAGUGUGCCUGCACUUUGGAUGGCUCUGCAGGGUGUGAGAAGUCCCAGACAAGUGCAAGAAAGGAAAAGACGCACCAGGAGUCUACAAUUUAAAGUUCACAAUGCUGCAUUAUGUAUCUGGCUUGCACAUUUUAACUGGCUAGCAUAAACUGUGAUCCGCGAGAGAAACAGAGAGCAGUACAGUGCAGGUCAAUUACUGUUCUCGUUUCCGUGUAUGGAGCUUGUAUUUGAGCAAUAGAAAUAUUGAUGAGCUGUGAAUAUUCAUAAGGUCAAUCUUGGAUUCAAGGGUUAACGAUUUCAGCAAGAAAUUUGCUUCCUUUGCUCUCAGUGAAAGCCAUUAAACACGGGCACGUUCAACUGCACAAUACGUACGCCGGUAUGAGCAUACCCUGUUAGUGGUAUGCAGGUACGUAAGGUAUUACAACUGAAAAGGGAAUUGUCAGCUUAUCUGUGGAUUGUCUCGGUGUGCAUAGGCGUCGUCAACUCUAUCCUUCUCGUCAUCCUGCUUGUGUGGCUAUGCAGACACCCCAAACUCAGAGGAGGAUGUAUCUCCUCAAGGACAAAGAAACCCAAGACGGAAUCGCCGAAGAAGAUACUAACUAUCGACUACCGCAUGUCAGACCUGGAUGAUGCAUUGGAACGCUGCCCUCAACGGCAAGGCGCUUUUAUGAUUGGACAGUCUGUGCCGCAAGAGGGUCGGCAGCCAAGUGUCCAAGUUCAUCACCGUGGCGACGAGCUCCAACUGGAUAACCCAUCGUUCACUGCUGCUCCCGAAAACUUUGCAGAUGCGGUGUACGAAAACACAAGCUUCUCGCCAAAAGUUACAUGAAAAAAUGUGCGAAAUGAACGCCACUUCAAAAUGUAAAAACGAUCAAAUUGAGGAGAACACAGGGAUUAUGAAACUAUGUAGGCCCUUCGGCGGUUUCAUCAAAGAUCUAGUGUUUCUGGGCUUUUUCGACCUGUUUCUCAUUGCAGUUUGCUUCAACACAAAGUUGGACCAUUUAUAUCUUGGGACAAUUUCUCUUUUUUUUCCAGAGUUAAAAUUUUGUAUCAGCAGCACUUGUGUCAUAUUUUAAAGUUAAGUUUGUAGUGCAUUUUCACCAUGAAUUGGCAAAUAAAAGUACACAGGAGGCGUAAACUGUA